GAGGACCGAAAUAAUUGACAAUAAACUCAUAUCGGGUACCACCGAAAAAGUAAAGGGGCUAAUUCCACCGUUAGGGCUUUCAACAAUCAAUGAUAGCGUUAUCUCAAGAGGGCAUCGUGUGAAUCCUUGCAGCCGCUGACAGUCGUCUGUACUCGGAGAAAUGGAACAUAUCCGAACGCCUAAGGUGGAGCAGGUGCGGCUGGUGGAUCGCUUCAGCAACAAAUCCACAAAUGGCACACUGUACCUCACCGCUACGCAUCUCAUUUUUGUGGAAAGCGGCUCCAACAACACAGCCUCUGCUGGCCAGGAGAUCUGGAUUUUGCACCACCACAUAGCCUCGGUGGAGAAGCAGAGCCUGACCACCUCGGGCUGCCCGCUGGUCAUCCAGUGCCGGAACUUCAGGGUGGUUCAUUUUGUGGUACAGAGGGAAAGAGACUGCCAUGACAUCUAUAGUUCACUGCUGCGUCUACUGCGGCCAGUGCAUUACGAGGAACUCUACGCGUUCUCCUACAACCCCAAGCAAAACGACCAGCAGAGAGAGGAGGGCUGGCAGCUCAUCGACCUGGGGGCGGAGUUUGAGAGGAUGGGCGUCCCCAAUGACCAAUGGCAGCACACUGACGUCAACAGAGACUACAAGGUGUGUGAGACAUAUCCACGCGACCUGUACGUUCCCAUCACAGCCAGUAAGCCCAUCAUCGUUGGCAGCUCCAAGUUCCGAAGCAAAGGACGCUUUCCUGUGCUCACAUACUUUUACCAAGAGAAAAAGGCGGCAGUGUGUCGCUGCAGUCAGCCUCUCUCUGGGUUCAGCGCGCGGUGCCUCGAAGAUGAGAGCAUGCUGCAGGCCAUCAGUAAGGCCAAUCACAACAGUCGCUUUGUUUACGUCAUGGACACGAGGCCAAAGCUGAACGCGCUGGCCAACCGCGCUGCUGGCAAAGGCUACGAGAACGAGGACAACUACUCUAACAUCCGCUUUCAGUUUGUUGGGAUCGAAAAUAUCCACGUAAUGAGGUCAAGCCUGCAGAAGUUACUGGAAGUUAUUGGAGCUCGGUCUCUUACCAUGAGCGACUACCUGGUGGGACUGGAAAACAGCGGCUGGCUGCGACAUAUCAAAGCUGUAGUAGAUGCAGCUGUGUGUCUUACAAAGGCGGUGACAGUAGAAGGGGCCAGUGUGUUAGUUCACUGCUCAGAUGGAUGGGACAGAACUGCCCAAGUCUGCGCCCUGGGGUCGCUGCUCAUGGACCCCUAUUAUCGCACCAUCAAGGGCUUUAUGGUGCUAAUAGAGAAAGACUGGAUUUCCUUUGGUCACAAGUUUGCAGACAGGUGUGACCAGCUCGACGGGGAUCCAAAGGAAGUGUCUCCGAUCUUCACUCAGUUUCUCGAGUGUGUUUAUCAGCUGACUGAGCAGUUCCCGCAAGCUUUUGAGUACAGCGAGUGGUUCCUGCUGCAGAUCCAUGAGCAUGUGCACUCUUGUCAGUAUGGAAACUUCCUAGGGAACAAUCAGAGGCAGAGAGAGGAGCUGCAGCUUAGAGAGCGAACUCACUCACUCUGGGCCUAUCUGAUGAGUGAAAAGCAGAACUACUUGAAUCCAUUCUACAAGCCUUCAUACUCUGAAGCACAUCCUGUGCUGGAGCCCUCCACCUUGCCAUACCAUUUCAAGUUCUGGAGGAACAUGUACCACCAGUUCGAUCGGUCCAUGCAUCCACGGCAGUCCAUCCUCAAAACCACUCUGACUCUGAAGGAGAACAGCCGUCAAGCAGAGAGCACACUGCGAGCUCUGGAGACUAGGCUCAAACAACUUGGUGUGACCCCCGUUGCGACCUCUGACCCCCCGGCACCUCCUCCAACCAGAGACCAACGCACCAACCCCCUGCCACCGCGGCCCGACUCCCUCAUCUUAGGCGCACCCAUCAACCACAAAGAGGUGCAGCGUCGCGAGGAGGACGACGAGCAAGACGAAGUGGGCGAGGAGGCCAUGGAGAGCACAGACACGGAGCGGACAGUAGAGGGCAGCAGCGGCAGCGAGAGCAGGAAGCAGAGCUACGGAGAACUGGAAGGGACAUGCAACAGUGAACUUGCCAAAGAGGAGCCAGCUGUUGUCAGUCUGGAGCUUGGCGUGGCACGAAUGACCUGCUGAAGCCAAAGCAGGAGUGUUUCUGGACGGAGAGACUGGUGCGGAUGAGUGACGGGGGCUUUACCGAAGGG